UCACUUCAACCCCUUUCUCAAGUCAAAAUGGCCAACCUUGGGUUCCGUUUGAUCAAUCGCACCCGCACAUCAAAUCCCAUCUUCCACCAGAGAAUCCACCAGUUCUGCAGUCAACCUCCAUCCCCACAGGCUCUCCCCAUCAAUGCCCCGCCACCGACGAACUACUCCGGCAGCUGGCUAACGCACCGCUUCUUCUCAUACAUCCUGCUUCCGGUUCUCCCGUACGGAUUGGCCUACCCGGGAAAGGUUACGGACGUGCUGAUUGCAACCUGUCUGGUCGCCCACGGCCACCUAGGGCUGUCGGUCAUCGUUACGGAUUACGUUGAAGGGGGAAUGGCACCCGGGGCUAAACUGCUGCGAUUUAUCCGGAAGACGAUUCUUGGGCUGUCCAUUGGAACGUUGGUUGGUCUGUUAUAUUUGACGUUUGCUGACAUUGGGAUUGCGAACACCAUCCGGGGCAUUUGGGCGGUUAAAUCAAAACCAAGGGAGUGAAUGAGCUAAUAAAUGAUUUGA